CACGUUUGUCAAUGUAGUCAUUUUAGAAGUAGGGUUCUAAAAUUUCGUAGUUACUGUAUUUUUUGUGAAUUAUAAACAUAGCAAAUGGAGCAAAAUGAAGGCACUCCUGGUGGGUAUGGGCGAGGGAGACCAGUCGAAAUAACAGAGCUUCGUCGGCCCCUAUCGUUUUCCACGUAUGCAACCCCAACAGAAUAUGUACCAACAGAAGCUAAUACCAAUGGAGUUUAUGCUCAAAGUUCGUGGCUCUCGCCAUCAAGAGAUAUGACUUAUUUGGCUUCACCAUCUGGAGAUCAUGCACGCUCUCCUCAAUAUCAUGGUGUUCCACUCGAUAAUACUACUCCAGGAGAUGCAGAGAAAAAACCAUUUCAGCUCUCUCCAUAUGCGAAGGAAUUUGUACCACGAAAUUUUAGACCCGAAUCAGAGGCUGUUGAGACUGUUCGUGAUACAAUUCCUGAAUCUUAUCCUGUUCAAGAAUUGAGAUCUUUUCUGAGCGAAAUUACUAUGUGUCCUGGUAAAUUUGAAAGAAAGAUUCAACCUUUGACUGAUACCUUGAAUUCCAUGGUAGAUGAUGAUGAUACCAUGCGAGCUAUUGUGAAUAUCAUAUUUGAUGAGUCUAUAAGACAGUCCAAUUUGCGUUAUGGUGGUGCAAGAUUGUGUAAAUCAUUAUGCAAUGAUUUGGAUCCUUCACCUCAUCGCCUCAAUUUUAGAUCUGUUCUUUUGACAAGGUGUAAUCAGGAGUUUAAACGUAGAGAGAUACUUGCUCAAGCCGAAGAUGGUGGAACAUAUUUAAGAGGAUUUGCAAUGUUUAUGGCUGAAUUAUUUUCGCAACUUGAUGUUAUGAAACAAAAGAUUACCGUAUUGGGAGAUUGUUUGCCCAGUCUCAUUAAAACAAUUCUAGCAUUUCCAUGUCCGGAUAAUUUUAAGUGUGCCUGCCAAAUACUUAAACUUGUUGGUGCUUACUUAGAAGAUUAUGAGCGUAGUAGGACACAAAAUGUAUCAGAAGCACGAGAAAUGGACUCUAUUAUGUGCACUUUAAAAAAUUUGGCAGCCAAUCAAGAAUAUAAUAGAUGCAUAAGAGAUAUGAUGACUAAUGUUAUAAAACUAAGAGAAAGUGAUUGGGGGAGAACAAAUAAUUCUGAAAGUUCUUCAUAUGAAGCACCUCCUUCAACAUCACUCACAGAUGAGCCAGUGAUGUAUGGACCUGAUGGGAAACCUAUGACACAUGAAGAGCUAAUGUUUCUGCAAAGUCAGUAUGCUAGUAAUCUUCCUGUGGAUGCGGAUGAUUUUGAUUUGUAUGAUGAUAAUCCUGGAGAUGAAAUGCCUGAAGAAAUAUCUGAAGCCUAUGAAGUGUUUCUUAGAGAACAUGCCUUAAGGCAUUGAAGUCUUCACACGUGAUUUCUUUUCCAUUUUUAUUGUAAAUUGUUUCCUUUUGCACGGAUACAGAAUUGAAAAGAACUUCUGGAUAUAAUCUCUUCAUAGGCAUAUGGCUGGUUUUAAUUUUCCCCAGAGGUGAAAACAAAACUUAUGUAAUCACUCAUUUAUUUCACUUAUAAGAAACGUUAACUUCCAUCCAUGUAUAGACUUCUUUUGGGGGUUGUAUUUAUUAUUUCUUUUCCUAUAUUCUUUGUUUUUGAAAGCAUUUGAAUUUUUGAGUGGAUAUGUUUUAAGCAUUUAGAGAAUAUUUAGUGUAACUUAUGUUGUAACAUUGGAGAGUUUUGAGGUUAUAAUGUUCCAGUUCUAUGUCGAUGUUAUUUGUAAAUCUAUUUAGAUAUUACUUUGGAUUUAAUAAUACAUAAGAUGAAUGCUUGCCUGGGAUGUGUCUGAGAAUUCAGAAUAUUGCUAUUAAAUAAUUAUAGUUAGUAUUUAUGGUACUAAAUAUUUUUAGAUGAUAUACAAUUAAAACCGAGAAGUCUUUGCACCACAUUUGUGGUUAUGUACUAUAUUUAAUGCUGAAGUUUUUGCCUCAUAAUAUUUCAAAACUGAUUUAUAGUAUAUUGUCCGCAUUUUCAACAUGAUACUAAUUUCUUAAAAUAUUUCUUACUACAAAUUUAAAGUUUUAUUGUUCUUAGUAAAGUACACAAAAACUAGCAUUACAAUUUACUCAAAGUUUCAGACUGUCAAAAGCAUAGGUAAUAAUCAAAUGCUUUCAACUGCAAAUCAUGUGUAAUUGCAAACAUUAUUUGCUGUUUGUUGUAGUUCAUCAAAAUUGUCUCAUUUUUGUUGAAAAUUACACAUUUCUCUAGUGCAAAACAUGUAUUAGAGUUGCAUACCUUAAAAGCAAAUUGAAGCAAAUAUUUGUUAUAUGUUUAUGUACUAGCAUAAUCUAGGAAAAAUAGAAAAAUUUAUUUCUAGUGUUAUGAUGCCAGACCUGGAUCUGCGUACCUGCAGUGCGGGGGGAGGCCCAUAUCCUUAAAGGGCCCAAAAAUUUAGAGAAAAAAGUGAACAAAAACUAGCACUAAGACUUAUUAACAUUGCAAAUAUACAUUGCUGGCCUCUGGAAGGAGCCAUAUAGAUUUUGUUUGCAGUUGGGCCCAAAAUUUAUAGAUCCAGGUUUGUAUGAUGCCAAUGUCUUACCAUCGCUUUUUCGGUUUUGUGACUUAAAAUUUGUCUCAAAGAAAAUGAGAGCAACCAACUAAAACGAAACAUUUUUUUCAUUUACAGUUCUGAAAUUUUAUUUUUUAAAUAAAUUCAUGACUGUAUAUGAAUGUUUGGAAAAAAUUUUGCACUGAUCUUUUUUUUUUUUUUUUUCAUUCUUACAACUAAGCAAUCAAUUAGCGAAGUAAUUUAACAUUUAAGUGUGUCAUUAUUAAAUGUAUGUUUCAAAGUUUUAGUCUUGGUGGGUGUAAAAAAAUGUGGUAUACUUAGUGCAUUAUUUCCUGGAUUGUGUUUAAUAUAUAGCUUUAUACCUUUGAUGUUUCAACUAGUGUACAUUUGGCACUUUGUAGUUGCAUGUUUGUUAAGAAAAUUGUGGCCAAAACAUGUUAUUUGUUUAUUUGAAUGAACUAUAUCAAUUCGAUAUUUUAAUAUCCCCAUGUCACACAGAAGUGAGCAGCCGUUCGAGUCAUGGGGAAGGACAUUUCUUUUUAUAUGAUAAUUAUAUUAAAAUUAUUUCACUAAAAACAUAUUAUAUUGAUUAUUUGCUAUUUGACAUUUUUAUUUCAACUUUAAUUUAAAUGCAUGUUUUGAAUUAUGCAACAUAAUUCAAGAAUCUUAAAUUCUGUAAGAUGGUAGUAGAAUUACUGAUUUUAAGUAUUGGUAAUUUGUUAGAUUAUGUUAAUGCAUAUGUACUAGCAUUGGUUGUAAAGAGUCUGCUUCAUGCUUUGUUUAUAAAAGCUCUGCAUCAUCACUUUAAAGCAUCCAUUAGUUUUUAAUACUAUUACCAUUCUCAUUAGCGGUUUUAAAACUCUGAAUAUUUAAUCAUUGCAAAUACUUUGCAAUACCUAUUUUUAAAAUUGUUUUAACAUAUUAAUACUUCUUAAUCAUCUUUGGUUGAAAUCAAGUUAUAAAUUAAAAAAGAUGGUAUGGUAGCCAAUUUUUAAAAUCUCAAAAUUUAGUCUAGCUCCAUGAAACUUAUUAUCAAGUGAUCUUUCUGUACAUAAUAAGGCAGAAAAAAAUUGCCUCUAAGUUCCACUAGCUAUUGAGCUAAAAAAUAAAUUGUUAUCUUUUCUGCCAAACAAAUUUCAUUGAUAAAGACUAUCUCACUGAAUAGCAUAAACUUCUGUUGUUUUCUGUAAGCAUAGAAUUUCCUAUUAAACAACAAAAUUGCAUUUACAGCAAAUUUCCCAUAAUUUCUUUCUUAUUUGAAAGAUAUUGUUUUGUAUGUUUUUCAAUUGUAAAUUUAAUGUUUUACCUGUACUUGUCUUAGCAGAUUUUUUUCCUACGAAUUAUUGAAACAUUUUGUUUAUCUUUAAUAAUUUUAAAAUAGUUGAAUAAUCUCAGCACUCUCCAAGGGUUUCCAAUAUCUUUUUCCUGGUGUAAUUAAAAAAAAAAAAAAAAUCUUUUGUAAAUAUUCUUCCUAAACAGCACGAUGUUGCAUUUAUGAAGAUUUACUUGUCAUACUUAAUUUAUUAUAUUUUACAUAUUUUCUUGAGUUAUUAAAUAAAAAUGGUAUUUUACAAGAAAUUAUUUGUUAAUUAUUUACUAUAAAUGAAUUUUUUCCCUUCAGAUAUCAUUAAUUUUGUAUCAAGUUCAUUAAAUAAAAACAAUUUUAAUUUUG